UCAAACGGAGGGUGGCACUCUCUCUCUGUUUUCUCCGGCGACACUGAGAACUGCACUGGCUGCCUAUCAGAAGGAUCUUUGUGCCGAAACUAAAAACCUCACCUAAACCUGACUCAUGCACUAAAACAACACAUUAAUGAGAGGCCAGUAGAGGACCGUGUGGAUACAGCGACGUUUGCGAGAAUGGAGUUCCCACAGCAUCAGAGGCCGGCGGAUGGCAAAAUCACCUACCCGCCAGGGGUUAAAGAUAUUACGGACAAGAUUAGUAAUGAUGAGGUGGUCAAACGAUUAAAGAUGGUGGUGAAGACCUUCAUGGACAUGGACCAGGACUCGGAGGACGAGAAGCAGCAGUACAUGGCGCUGGCGCUGCACCUGGCGUCCGAGUUCUUCCUGCGCAACCCCAACAAGGACGUGCGGCUGCUGGUGGCCUGCUGCCUGGCGGACAUCUUCCGCAUCUACGCCCCCGAGGCACCCUACACCUCCCACGACAAGCUCAAGGACAUCUUCUUGUUCAUCACCAGGCAGCUGAAGGGCCUGGAGGACACAAAGAGCCCUCAGUUUAACAGAUACUUCUACCUGCUGGAGAACUUGGCCUGGGUCAAGUCCUACAACAUCUGCUUUGAGCUGGAAGACUGCAACGAGAUCUUCAUUCAGCUCUUCAAAACGCUCUUCUCUGUCAUCAAUAACAGCCAUAAUCAGAAGGUGCAGAUGCACAUGCUGGACCUCAUGAGCUCCAUCAUCACAGAGGGGGAUGGAGUGACACAGGAACUGCUGGACACCAUCCUGAUCAACCUCAUACCCGCGCACAAGAAUUUGAAUAAGCAGGCAUACGAUCUCGCUAAGGUUCUCCUGAAGAGAACCGUGCAAACCAUUGAGACCUGCAUCGCCAAUUUUUUCAACCAGGUGCUGGUGCUGGGCCGGUCGUCUGUGAGUGACCUGUCGGAGCACGUCUUCGACCUGAUCCAGGAGCUGUUCGCCAUCGACCCCCUGCUGCUGCUGUCCGUCAUGCCCCAGCUGGAGUUCAAGCUCAAGAGCAAUGACGGUGAGGAGCGCCUGGCAGUGGUGCGGCUGCUGGCGAAGCUGUUUGGGGCGAGGGACUCGGAGCUGGCCAGUCACAACCGGCCGCUCUGGCAGUGCUUCCUGGGAAGGUUCAACGAUAUCCACGUGCCUGUGAGACUGGAAUGUGUGAAGUUUGCCAGCCACUGCCUGAUGAACCACCCUGACCUGGCCAAAGAUCUCACAGAGUUUCUCAAAGUGCGGUCACAUGACCCAGAGGAGGCCAUUCGCCACGAUGUCAUCGUCACCAUCAUCAACGCCGGGAAGAAGGACUUGAAUCUGGUGAACGACCAGCUGCUGGGCUUCGUCCGGGAGCGGACGCUGGACAAGAGGUGGCGGGUUCGAAAGGAGGCCAUGAUGGGCCUGGCCCAGCUCUAUAAGAAGUACUGCCUCCACCACGAGGCCGGCAAGGAGUCGGCCCAGAAGAUCAGCUGGAUCAAAGACAAGCUUCUGCACAUCUACUACCAGAACAGCAUCGACGACAAGCUGCUUGUGGAGAAGAUCUUUGCACAGUAUAUGGUCCCUCACAGCCUGGACACUGAGGAGAAGAUGAAGUGUCUGUACUACCUGUAUGCCUGCCUGGACCCCAAUGCUAUCAAAGCGCUGAACGAGAUGUGGAAGUGUCAGAACAUGUUGCGGAGUCUGGUUCGAGAGCUGCUGGACCUGCACAAACUGCCUGUGUCGGAAGCCAACAGCACUGCCAUGUUGGGGAAGCUGAUGACCAUCGCCAAGAACCUUCCGGACCAGGGCAAGGCACAGGACUUCAUGAAGAAGUUUAACCAGGUGCUGGGGGAGGAUGAGAAGCUCCGGGCCCAGCUGGAGCAGCUCAUCAGCCCCACCUGCUCCUGCAAGCAGGCCGAGGUCUGCGUGAGGGAGAUCACCCGUAAGCUGACGUUCCCCAAGCAGCCCACCAACCCCUUCCUGGAGAUGGUGAAGUUCCUGCUGGAGCGCAUCGCCCCCGUGCACAUCGACUCCGAGGCCAUCAGCGCGCUGGUGAAGCUGCUCAACAAGUCGAUAGAGGGCACAGCAGACGACGACGACGAGGGCGUGACGCGAGACGGCGCCAUUCGCUACGGCCUGGAGCUGCUCAAGGUGCUGUCGUUCACCCACCCCACCUCCUUCCACUCGGCCGAGACCUACGAGUCCCUGCUGCAGUGCCUGAAGAUGGAGGACGACAAGGUGGCCGAGGCGGCCAUCCAGAUCUUCAGGAACACCGGGCACAAGAUCGAGACGGAGAUGCCACACAUCCGAUCGACCCUGAUCCCCAUCCUGCACCAGAAGGCCAAGAGGGGCACCCCUCACCAGGCCAAGCAGGCCGUCCACUGCAUCCACGCCAUCUUCCACAACAAGGAGGUGCAGCUCGCACAGAUCUUUGAGCCCCUGUCCCGCAGCCUGAAUGCAGACGUCCCAGAGCAGCUCAUCACCCCGCUGGUCUCUCUGGGACACAUCUCCAUGCUGGCCCCAGACCAGUUCGCCUCGCCCAUGAAGUCCAUCGUGGCCAACUUCAUCGUCAAGGACCUGCUGAUGAACGACCGGUGUGUAGGCAAUAAGAAUGGAAAACUAUGGACCAGCGAUGAGGAAGUUUCUCCAGAGGUGCUGGCCAAGGUCCAGGCCAUUAAGCUGCUGGUGCGCUGGUUAUUGGGGAUGAAGAACAAUCAGUCCAAAUCGGCCAACUCCACCCUGCGGCUCCUGUCCGCCAUGCUGGUGAGCGAGGGGGACCUCACCGAGCAGAAGAAGAUCAGUAAAUCGGACAUGUCCCGGCUGAGGCUGGCGGCUGGCAGCGCCAUCAUGAAGCUGGCCCAGGAGCCCUGUUACCAUGACAUCAUCACGCCCGAGCAGUUCCAGCUCUGCGGCCUGGUCAUCAACGACGAGUGUUACCAGGUGCGGCAGAACUUCUCCAUGAAGCUGCACCUGGCGCUGGUGAAGCUGACGCUGCCGCUGGAGUACAUGGCGGUGUUCGCGCUGUGCGCCAAGGACCCGGUGAAGGAGCGCCGCGCCCACGCCCGCCAGUGCCUGCUGAAGAACAUCAGCGUGCGCCGCGAGUUCAUCAAACAGAACCCCACAGCGGCAGAGAAGCUGCUGUCCCUGCUGCCGGAGUACGUGGUGCCCUACAUGAUUCACCUGCUGGCGCACGACCCCGACUUCACCAAGCCCCAGGACUCUGAGCAGCUCCGCGACAUCAAGGAGUGUCUGUGGUUCAUGUUGGAGGUGCUGAUGACGAAGAGUGAGAAUAACAGCCACGCCUUCCUGCGGAAGAUGGUGGAGAGCAUGAAGCAGACCAAGGACGCACAGGCGCCAGAUGACCCCAAAGCCAACGAGAAGCUGUACAUCGUGUGCGACGUCGCCCUGUUUGUGAUAGUCAACAAGAGCACGUCCUGUCACCUGGAGUCUCCCAAAGACCCCGUGCUGCCCACAAAGUUCUUCACUGCUCCCGACAAGGACUUUGUGAAUGAUAAGGAGUACUUAUCGUCUGAGGCCAGGACUGUACUCCUAACAGGAAAGCCCAAGCCGGCCGUGCUGGGCGCAGUGAACAAGCCGCUGGCGGUGGCGGGCAGGAGGCCGUACACCAGGGCCCCCAGCUCCGGGACGGGCAGCAUCGCCAGCGUCAACUCUGAGACCAGCUCCCCGGCGGGGAACAAAGGGAGGGACGUGGUGAUGGAGGUGUCAGAGACGGGGGCGAGCGAGAACGAGGAGAACCCCCUCAUCCUGAAUACGGAAGAAAUUAAGAAGGAGGUUAACGCAGAGGCGGGUCAGGGCGGGGUAAAGAAGAGGGCCAUGGAAGUCCCCGGCUACGAAAACGACGGGGCGUCGGACAGCUCUGUCCCCGUCCCCAACAAGCCCCGGCGAGGCCGGCCCCCCAAGUCUCUGACCGCCGGGGCGGGCACGGUCAGCGCCGCCGAGAAAGAGGGCGCGGCCGGGCCAGGGAGGGGCAGGAAGAGGGCGGCGGCCUCAGCUCAGGACAAUACCAGCGGCCCCACAGUGGAGCCAAUCACCAUCAAGAUACCAAAACAGCAGAAGGACACGGAGGGCAAGAGGGCGGGGCCGCAAAGACAGAUGGACCUGCAGAGGUAAAGAGAAAAUGGACACCGAGACCCAGACGAUAAGAGGACUGUGUGCUGCUGUAUCCAAACCCCACUGCUGCAGGAACACAGCGCCCCCCUCAGACUGCAGAGCGCUUCUGGUCCCCAUGAGGACCGCAUGUACACGGAACGGACACACACAAUACACACGCACAUAAUACACACACUUCCUUCAGAUCCCUUACUUGUGAAGUAAGCCGCCUCAGGAGAAUGGGCGUAAAAGGGAAGAACAUUAGGAGUGGUUCACCGAAAGGUUGUUUAAAUGUGUUUUUAAAUAUUGGCCUCAAAUGAAACAUUUUCCCACUUUUGAUCAGGUUUAACGUUGCUUACUCAAAUUUGGUUCCUGUUUUCAGUCUGAAAUUGCUUAGGGGGAUGUCUUGUGGUUGCCAUUUUAUUUUUUAAGGAUGUAUUCGCAUUUGUAAAUAGCAGUUGGUAAUAUACAUGAUGGUAAGCUGAGCAACUGAGCCAUCAUAAUGAAUUUCAGAAAGAACGUGAAGCCAAAUACUAGUAUGUGUUGGGUACGUGUGUUUGGUACGCGUGUGUGUGGGUAUGUUCGUGUGCCGGCCAUGUGUGUUGGGUGUGUGUAGGUACGUGUGUUGGAAAUGUUGGUACAUGUGUCGGGUAUGUAUGUGUGUUGGGUACCUGUACGUUGGGUACGUGUUGGGUGCAUGUGUGUGUGGGUAUGUGCGCAGGGCUGGGUUUGGCACACUGAGUUCUAUCGUGCAAAGCAGUACACCCAUAGAGCGACCGUCCUGUCUGCCUGCUAAAACACUGGACUACUCAAGCACAUGAUGGAAUGCGCUAAUUUGGCCGAGUAAUCCAUCCAGUUAUGCAGCUCAGAAACUCAGCCAAAUGGACAAGAAACACGGUCCCACCCAACAGCCAUGGGCUCGCACAGAUUUAAUGACUGUGCUUUUUGUAAAAACUCUUAUCUCGGACAACCUGAAAUGUCCGUGUACUCACCCACAGUUUCACCUGUUUACAAAAAGGCCAGGGGGCCAAAAAAAACAUUUCAGACAAAAGGAUUCAUUCAUCUUAUAAGGGGGGUUGUGGAGGGAAGACCCAUGGUUUGGAGGUCCUACAGAUAUCGGUCAGUUUGUUCUUGUGCAUCGGUUGCUCCUUCCUGAUUCUGUCUGUUCCCCUGUCAUCCUGCCCUGCUGUUUCUCUCUUGUGUUCAGCGCCGUUAGCUCUUCAUUUGCGUGGCGAUAGGCUGGGGAAACCCCACGCCUCCUCCUGCGUGCCGCGUCAUUCCUCCUUUCUAUUAAAUUUCCCUGUCAGAGGCGUUUAUUAACAUAGUGCAGAUUUUACAUUUUUGUAAUGAAGAGGAAGUGUACAAAAUGUCUACCCCCAUCUCUCCAUCCCAAAGGGGGCGGUUCAAUAAUUACGACAGUUAUCUAUUAUGCUGAAAAAUAGAUUUUCGAUAAAUAUUUUAAGAGGACGUGGAUUUUAGACUGCCACUGAUAUUUGAAAGGUUAAUACAGUUCAGAACUGUUGCAUUUUUAAGGAUUGGAAAAAAAUGUUUUUUAAGACGUUUGAACUUUUGUUUCCAUUUUUUCCGGUUUUGUUCAUUUUUAGUGAAAUUACAUCUGUUGCAUUGAUUCAAGUUGUUCCUUUUUUUGUGUGUAGAUGCAUAUCGCUAUUUUACACAUGAUCAUAUUUAAUUUCUAUAUGUUUGGUUUCCCUUUUUGCAGAAAAUAAAUGCUUUUAGAUGUGA